CAGUGUAGAGUUUAGAGGGUCUCCGUCUGCCAGGGUGACAAGUCGGGACGUGUGAACACUGAUCAAGCAAACUCUCUUCCCCGCUUGGAUACUUUACUCAGCCCGGAGGUUUUGGAUUAACUUCGACAGAAAGAAAAACACAGACACACACACACGCGCUCUUUUUUACAUUUUUCUUUUUUUUUGCUUUGAAUUUGCUUUGGAAGACGCGCAGUCGAAGACAAUGGGAUCCCAGGCAUCCAAGGGAGAGGUGGUCGCUGAGGGGGCCGCCGCCGCUGCUGCUGAUGCUGCGGCUGUCAAGACCAACGGACAGGAGAAUGGACAUGUGAAAACCAAUGGCGACGUCUCCACAAAGCCUGAUGGGGAUGCUGCUGCCACCAAUGGCUCAGCUGAGGCAGCCAAAGAGCCCGAAGCCGGCGCAGGAGGCGACGCCAUCGUGCCAGCGCCUGCUGCAGAUGGAGACGCUGCCAAACCAGAGGGCGAGGCUGCAGCCAAGGAGACCCCCAAGAAGAAGAAGAAGAAGUUCUCCCUGAAGAAAUCUUUCAACUUCAAGCUGAACCUGAAGAAGACCAAGAAAACCGAGGCUGUCAAAGAGGAGGCUGUCGCUGCCGCUGCCACCCCCUCCGAGGAGAAGCCUGCAGAGAACGGAGCCGCUGCUCCGGCCGAGGAGAAGAAGGAGGAGGUGAAGGAGGAUGCUCCCGCUCCCGCUGCCGCUGCUGCUGCAGCUGAGGCCCCCAAGGUGGAGGAGACCCCGGCAAAAGAGGAGGCCCCCAAGGAGGAGGCCAAGGAGGCAGCUGCUCCAGCCCCUGAGGCCACAAAACCAACAGAGGAGAGCAGCUCGACCCCCGCUCCUUCUGAAAAGAAAGAGUGAUUGUACCUUGAGCUCACAAUGAACUGGGUGAACUGUUUUGCAAGAGAGAGUGAGAGAGAGAGAAAAUUUAGAGUAUAUAUAUAUAUUUAUAUAUAUAUGUGUAUAUGUAUACAUAUGUAUAUGGAUAUAUGUAUAUGUAAAUAUAUACACAUGUAUGUGAGAGACUCCUUUGACGUGCCACUUUUUUCAUCAUGAUAACAAGAUGACAGACUAGAUUCACUAGAUCACUUCCCUGGUUUCUGCUUGACAUCUGGACCUGGACUGAGUUUUAGGCUGUGGGUCGGUCACGAUGUGGAAAAUGGAUUUUAGUGGCUAGAAUGCGAGCUGUCGACACCAAGAAGUAAAGACGGAUGAAGAACGGCUGGAGGAGGAUGGAGCGGAGGCAUCUUUUACCCCAAAAUCUGCAGAAGAAGAUGCCUCCCUGCUGAAGGAUGAAGCUAGAUGAUAUACUAGGACACCACCACCACUUGAAAUGACUGUUAAUAGAGAAAAAAAAAUGAAAUCAGAAAAUGAAAGAGACUUGCCAACUUUUUACAUUCCUAUAUUUUAACCCAAAUUUGAAGUAUUUUGUGGUGUAUUAUAGAGAACCAUCUUAAAGAUUCAGAGAAGCUAUGUCUUGUUUGUUUAAAGAAAAAAAAAAUAGACGAUUUUGAUUUUUACCUUACUAUGAAAAAAAGAACACUUAAGCUUGCUAUGUUCACUGUUGCGGUUUGAUAUGAAGCAGAGUUGUUUUAUCUGUCGUGUGUGAGCCUGAAUCUGCUUUGUCUCUGUAAAUACAUUGGAUUGAUUUCUGUUCUUUAUUUUGCUAAUGUUGACAGAUGUUACUGGUUUUAUUGUAAAGUUGAUAAUGGUAAAUAAAUGUUGGUUACCUUA